UGGAUGUCUGACUCCUGCUGUUUUAUUUAGAAUAUAAUAACACAAAACAGAGAUACUUAUCAACUCUUUCUUUAUUUGGAAUAAAAAAAGUAAAUAAUACAUAGUUAAGUUUACGUUUUUAAACCCUAUUUAAAAACCUAAUACAGCAAGUUUGAAAUGUUUAGUGAGAAGUUUUAUUCUCGGAGAUCGACUGUUCUUGCAACACAUGCAGCUGUUGCAACUAGUAAUCCAACUGCCAGCGAAAUUGGUUUGAGUUUGUUAAAAAAUGGAGCGAAUGCUGCUGAAGCUGCUGUUGGUAUUGCCGCUGUUUUAAAUUUAGUUGACCCAGGAAUGACUGGUCUUGGCGGAGAUUGUUUUGUUUUAUUUUACGAUAACAAACGAAAGAUGGUGAAAGGAAUAAACGGAAGCGGAAGAUCUCCAAAAAAGCUAACUUUAGACUUGCUUUCUGAAAAAGGAAUAUCUAUAGAAAAAGGUAUUAAGAAAAUUCCACGUUCAUCUGCAUUUUCUGUAAUGGUUCCAGGUGCCGCAGCAGGUUGGAUUGAUUGCGUGGAAAAUUUCGGAUCUGGAAAGAUAUCAUUAGAAGAAAUAUUUCGUCCUGCUAUUCAGUUAGCCGAAAAUGGAUUUCCAAUGCACGAAGUUACUGCUACUUUGUACCUGGAAAACUACUUGCAUCUAAAAACAAAUGAUACUUCCUGCGGAAGUGAUUUAUUAAUCAAUGGUAACCCUCCUAAAACAGGUCAACUUGUUCGAAAUCAAAAGUUCGCUGAGGUGUUAAAGGAUUUAGCAAAAAACGGAAAAAAAGGUUUUUAUAAAGGAAGAAUUGCUGAAGAAAUUGUAAAAACUGUACAAGAAAAUGGAGGAUGCUUAACUAUGGAGGAUAUGGAAUCUCAUUGCAGCACUUAUGAUGAACCAAUAUUUACAGAUUACCGAGGUUAUAGAGUAUGGGAAAUGCCACCUAAUGGUCAGGGCGUUGUGGCGUUGAUGGCUUUGAAUAUAUUAGAAGGAUAUGAUUUAAAAAACGAAAAUCGAAUGUCGUCAUCUUUAAUACAUAAACUGAUCGAAUCAACCAAUCUUGCUUUUGAACAAGGAUUUAAAGGUAUUUUUGAUCCAUCAAUUAAACCUGUUAACCUCGAGUUAUUUUUAUCAAAAAAAAUUGCGGAAGAAAAGAGAAAAAGGAUAAAUCUUGAAAAAGCUUCUUCAAAAAAUUAUUGCCGCUCCGGGUUAAAUGCUGGAGCAGAUACUGUCUACUUUUGUGUUGUUGACAACGAUGGAAAUGCUUGUUCCUUUAUCAAUAGUAUUUAUAAUGUGUUUGGGAGUGGUUUAGUCCCAAAAAAUUGCGGAUUUGCUCUCCAAAACAGAGCUUCAAAUUUUUCUCUACGUGAUAACCAUGGAAACUGUGUUGGUCCAAAAAAGAGGAGUUAUCAUACAAUCAUUCCUGGAAUGGUCACACAUGUUUCAAAUAAUGAGUUAUUUGCAUGCUUUGGAAAUACGGGGGCUUUUAUGCAACCUCAAGGUCACGUGCAGGUUUUGUCAAACAUGAUUGAUUUUGGUAUGACACCUCAAAACGCCCUCUGUCACCCUAGAUACUGCGUUAAGUACCACAACAUAAAACCGCAUAUCGUAUAUCUAGAAAAAGGAAUUCCAGAAAAAAUAAUUGAAGAAUUAAAAGGUCUGGGUCAUAACGUUAUAGUUGUUUCAGAAUUUAGUCGUUCGAUGUUUGGACGAGGUCAAAUAAUUCAAGUUCGUUACGACGAGCAAGGUAAUCGAGUACUAUGGUGUGGAUCAGAGAGCAGAUCUGAUGGAUGUGCUUUAGGUUAUUAAGGUUUAGAUUAGGUGGAUUUUUUAAAAUAAGAUGAAGUAGUUUAAUUUAAUUUGUAAAAUUGAGUAAAAUAAUUUAAUUUUAAUGUAUAAAAAACUAAGUUAGGAUGAUAACUAAAUUAUUACUAAUACAGUUAUAAAGUUUAUUACCCAUGCUAUGUUGCGCGUCUACAGUUGUAGAGUUUAUUACAAGAUGCUAUGUUGCGCGUCUCUAAUAAUUUUUUUUAUAAAGCAAGCCUUUGUUCUAUUUUCAUCUACAGUAAUAUAAAUGUAAUAAAAAUACAAUUUUAAAUAAUAAUCUUUCAUAUUUUUAA